AUGGUUCAACCAAUACUUGACGAGGUAGAUGAAAAAAUAAAAUUUUCAAAAAGAUAUUGGAAGUAUGAUGGCCUUCAUGUAAUUUCACUUACAAAGGCGGGUUUAAGAGGAGACAAUCAAGAUGAAAUGUCUAUUGAACUUGGAUUAGAUGAAAAAUUGAAAAGAUAUUAUUUGUUUGGAGUGUAUGAUGAUCAAAUUUCGGCAGAUUGUGCUGAACAUUUGCCAAAAUAUAUUGCUAAACAUUUACGUGUAUUACCAACUGUUGAAAAUGGGGAAAUGAUUAAAAAUGCUAUAAAAAAGGGAUAUGAUGAUACUGAAAACUAUUUUAAAACACUUGACGUUAAAGGUAUAAAAGGAAAUAAAGUUCGAAUGUCCGCUGAACCUGAGAUAAUUGAUAAAGUUUAUCCGGCAUCCAGUCUUGAUUUACUUGUGCUUGCUUCUGAUGGCAUCACGGAUCGUUUCAAAAUAUUUAAAAAACAUCCUACGGAGAUUUAUUUAAGUUUUCUAAAAAAACACAAAGGAGAUCCGGACCGAUUUGUUAGAGCAUGUGAUGGAAUGAUUGAAUUAUGUGACACUAUAACUGAAAAGCGUAUUUGUGUAGAUGAUAUGUCUAUUAUAAUUAUAAUAAUUUUAAAUGGAAAAUCUGAAGAUGAGUGGUAUCACGCUGUUACGAAAAAUGCUGAGAACCUUGAUGAUUGGAUUCACGCAAGUGAUGAAGAAGAUUUAUCAGAAAUCGAUGAUCAGGACAUUUAUGACAAACAUUCUAAUGAAGUUGAUGACUUUCUAGUUUCAGUACCGUUAACAACAAUAUCAACUGGAUAUUAUGAUGAAGAUUCUGCAAUGAAUUUUAGUAUUUCUGACGAUGAUGAUGAUUUUGAUUGA